AUGCAAUUAGUUUCCAGCAUUCUGAUCUUAGCUAUCGCACUUGGCACCUAUGCUUCAGCUGUUCGUGUCGGUUCAUUUAAUUUACAUCAAUAUGGAAGUAAAAAAGCAGCCAAUCCAUCAUUAACAAAUACUGUUGCUCAAAUCAUCAAUGAUUUCGAUUUAGGAAUCAUUCAAGAAAUUAGUGAUGUUUCAUUGAAAGCACCAUAUGUUUUAUUUGAUGAACUCAAUAAAGUUUCACCAAGUCCAUACACAAUGACAUUAAGUGAACGUGCUGGUCGAUCAAACACAAAAGAACAAUAUAUUUUCUUCAAUCGAGAAAGUACAUCUGGUCUUGAAGUUGUUGAUGCUUAUCUUCAUCCAGAUAUCGAAGAUAAUUUCGAACGUCCACCUUUCAUUGGUACAUUUAAAGUUAAAAAACCAGGUAAUUCCGGUGUAAAAUUAUUCACUAUUAUGGAUGUUCAUUUACGACCUGAUGGUGCAUACACAGAAUUACUUGCUAUGCGUUAUGUUGUCCGUGAUUUCAUCAGCUCACAUCCACAAUAUUUUGAUCAAACAGAAACAUCACUACAAGAAGCUUUAGACCGAAAUGUUGUUGAUGCUACACCUGACAAUAAACCAAGUUUGAAAUCUAAUCAUCCUAUUUUAAUCGUUGGUGAUUUCAAUGCUGAUUGCACAUAUAUUUCACCUACACGUCAAAAAUUACUCCAAACAAUCAAUUAUGUUGAUUUCUCAUGGGUGAUUACCAAUGAAGUCAAAACAAAUACACGACAAACAUGUACCUAUGAUCGUAUUUUAGUCAACGGUGAUAACUUUGUUAAUGCUAUUGUACCAAAUAGUAACACAACAGUUAACAUUGCAGAAAAAUUUGGCUUUAAUUUAGCCCAAACUUUAGCUAUCAGUGAUCAUAUUCCAAUCAAAUUCGAUAUCAAUUGGUAA